CGAUGAUUCCUCAUUUCCUCCGGCAGGGGACCGAGCAGAGAAAAUCUGGAGGAAAGAAAGAAGAAAUCCAGAGAUCUGAGUCAGCAGCAGCGGCUCCAGUCUGCUUCUUCCCACUUCCGUGGGUCCAUUUCAACUCUGAUCGCCAUCAAAGCAACACUUUAAUGCUUAGCCAUGAACACACAUGGGUCUCCAUCUUCCAACGAGAAGCUUCCGUGGAAGGAAUGAAACCGAGCCCAGACAGAAGACAGAGAGUCUGUCUCGAUAAGACGCUUUGAUGAACGAGAGGAUUAAAGCAGAUCGCCACACUCACCACAUGCCCCUCUGCUAAACAUUUACCUCCAAGCUUCAUGUCCGUCCGAGUUUCAGCCAUGAGUGUUCUUCCUCCUGUCCGAAGGGACCGUAUCAUCGCUCAGCUCCCUCAGUAUUUCAGGAAAGAUGCAGCUCUCCACAUUAAGGAGGAUUUCAACAACAAAGUGAAGACUGCGUGUCAGGAGCAGCGUACCGGCACUGUGGGCAGAUUUAAAAUCUCGAAGGUCAUUGUUGUGGGCGAUCUGGCUGUGGGGAAAACCUGUCUGAUUAAUAGGUUUUGCAAAGACGCUUUUGAUAAAAACUACAAGGCAACGAUCGGCGUUGACUUUGAGAUGGAGCGCUUUGAGGUGCUGGGCGUUCCUUUCAGCCUACAGCUCUGGGACACUGCAGGCCAAGAGAGAUUCAAGUGCAUUGCUUCAACAUACUACAGAGGAGCCCAGGUUGUGAUUAUCACAUUUGAUGUAAAUGACAUCGCGUCUUUGGGCCAUGUGAGACAGUGGCUGGAGGACGCCCUGAAAGAGAACGACCCCACCGCCGUUCAGCUGUUCCUCGUGGGCACAAAGAAAGACCUGAGCAGGGCUUCUCUUGUCCUUCCUGAGUCACUCCCUUGCAGUGCAGGACAUUUCUCCUGCUCAGUAUUCUCAGAUCGAACAAGAUGCUCUCAAACUAGCACAAGAGAUCAGAGCAGAGUAUUGGGCUGUGUCGUCACUCACAGGGGAAAACGUCAAAGAGUUUUUCUUUCGAGUUGCAUCGUUGGCAUUCGAGACCAACGUUCUUGCGGAGUUGGAGAAAAGUGGAUCAAGGCAAAUUGGGGGCAUCGUCAGAAUUAACAGCACCUCAAACAAUGUGUACGCUUCAUCGAAGAAGAAACAGCCAAACUGCUGCCAGUAAGGAUGGAAGCAGGAGUUCCAAGUCAAAAGUAAAGACUGAAAUGAAGAAAAAGACUGGAGGGAUUUCUGUGGUCAAAACAGGAGGAGGGAGGCUGGAGUUUUAGCUUCCUGACAUGUGUGCGUUUAGUUUUUCCUGGCUUAGAACGAGUUUUCCUCUGUGGGAUGUGGAUUAUUGUGGUGUUGCUCAGUUUAACUUGUCUGGAGCUACAGAGUGACACAGCAGUUCCACAAAACUGACUCUUCUGGUACUGCAGAGAUGCCAAAGAAUGACUGUGGAUGUUUUUUAAUAUGUUGUAUGUGUGGGAGCUGCUGUAGUUUGCAAAUUAAGAUUUUUCUUCACACUAAUACUGUUAAAAUGUUUUUACUUGGUACUUAAUCCUCUUUUCAUAAUAUUGUAGAUCAGACAUUCCCAACCUUUCUGUAAGAAGUAAGACUAUGCAAAUCACAAGAAAAAAGCAAAGAUUU